AUGGCAUGGUGCAAUGUGAUGGUCAUACACUUUCAACAAGGUGAACUUCUUGAUCAGCUGUGGCCCUUACCAUUUGAUACAGAAUAUAGGCGAUGGUUGGAAGAACACACCAAACACAUCAAUGAAUUGAGGACUACUGUCAAUUCACAUGCAAGUGAUCCUGAACUGCGAAGUAUUGUGGAUAAUGCCAUUGCACAUCACGAUGAGGUUUAUAGGAUGAAAGCAAAUGCAGCCAAGGGUAACGUAGAGCAUCUCUUGUCAGGGAUGUGGAAAACCCCUGCUGAGCGGUGUUUUAUGUGGAUUGGUGACUUCCGCCCCUCCUUACUGCUUAAGUUUCUAGUCAAUCAGUUGGAGCCUCUGGCCGAGCAACAGUUUAUGGGCAUUGCCAACUUGCAGCAGUCAUCCCAACAAGCAGAAGAUGCUCUUUCACAAGAUAUGGAGGCGUGGCAGCAAUCCUUGGAGGAGACAUUAGCUUACGGAUCUCUUGCUACUGAAGGGUCAUCAGGAGAUGUAGCUUAUAAUAUAGGUCAGAUGGCAAUGGCUAUGGGGAUAUUAGGGACCCUUGAAGGUUUUCUCCGUCAGGCGGACAACCUGCGUCAACAAACAUUGCAACAAAUGCAUCGCAUAUUGACAACCAGACAAUCAGCCCGUGCUCUUCUUGCAAUAAGUGAAUACUUCUCACGUCUUCGAGCUCUCAGCUCUCUUUGGCUUGCCAGACCACUAGAGCAAUAAGUAUGACAUGCAUUGCAAUAUUCUACUGAAACUCAGAUACACUACUUCGAUACACUGGCCGGUAUAUGAGAUCCAGCUAAGUUACUAUAUGUAAAGUGGUAUUGUAUGUGCUUGUGGAAGUGCAAAAUUUGUUUUCUUUCUCAUUAGGUUUUUAGAAUACCAAAAUUUUACUUUGUGACUUAGGAACCAAUAAUGUACCUGUGUUUUUAGCUUUUACAAGGAAAAAGUUUGGUUAGGGAUAUUAAGAAGUGUAAUAGAUAUUUAGAAAGUUUUAUGCUUAA